AUGGAAUUGCAUAAUCGUCCAAGCUGUUUGGAAGGAUCUAAUGCAGAAGACUUUAGAUCAAAGGUUUCUCCAUGAACAACCUGAACGAUCCUCCUAGAUGGAAUAUUAGACCAGAGCCCGCUGGAGGAGAUGACGGGGGCCGAUGGAAUUAUGCCCUGCUGGUGCCCAUGAUCGGGCUGGCAGCAUUUCGUUGGAUAUGGACUCGAGAAUCACAGAGCCAGAUCCAAAAUGUGAAGAACAAGUACGACAGGGACAUGGCAGCCAUUACCAGAGACCUUGAGCUGAAGUACAGGGACACGCUGACGGAAAACCGGCGGACGGCAGCGCACCUGGAGGUGGAGCUUGAGAAGGAACGCCAACGCGUGCAGGGCUACAAGAAAGCCCUGAUAUCUCAGAGUCAGCAGCUUAUGGAGGAACGUAAGCAACUUCAGCAGGAACGGCAGGAUCUGGAGGAAGAGAAAAACCGCCUGAUGCAGUCUGGAGUGGCUGGGGUGGCGCUGCGGAAAGCCCUGCAGCGAGAGGAAGACUGGCAGCGCAGGGCUCAGGCUCUGCUACAGGAAUUGGAGGUGAAGCUGGUGGAGAGGCAGGAGGCUUUCUGCAGCAUCCUGAUGCCAAGGGAACAUCGUCUGGAGAUGGAGAAGAACCUGCUGCUGAAGGUGGCUAAAGAUCCGACGGGUGCUGAGCUGAACCUAGAGGAAGAUCUCAGGGACAUUUUUAAGAAUGACAGACACUGUGCAGAUUUACUGAACAUGGAUAAACGCAGAAAUGGGAAUCUGAUGUGGCUGUAUCUCAGGUACUGGCAGCUCCAGGUCACCCUGCAGAAACACAAGAGGGCAGAAGAGACACUAAAAGGGGCAUCGCCAAACUCCAGCAGAUCUUAAAAAACAAGAAGAAAGAAUUUUCUUCCUUAAAUGUUUUCCUUUUCUUGUUCCCGUGAUUUAUUUAACAACUAUUUAUGAUGCCAAACUGUUUAUGAAACCACUUGAGCCUUGAGUCCUUGACAAUCAUAUCAGAACAUGAUUGAAAAUGUAUAUUUUGUUGGGCAGAUUUUGUGUUUCUCACCUCUAUUUUUCUUUUCCUUCAGUUUUUUUGGAUCAAGUAGAAAGCAGAUGAAUCAAAUGUUUUCAUAUUUGUUGCAUUACCGAUGAAAUGUAAUAGACAAUUUAUGCAUUUUCAAACUAAAGAUGGAUCAUAACUAAUAUGUACAAAAGAAAUUCUAUGUAAUAAAUAUGUUUUCUGAAAAGAAAGAAUAUAUUACAGUUUGAGCGACUCAGGUUUAUUGUUUGCCAUGAUUUCAUAAAUACAUAUGAAUGAGAUUCA